GCGAUAACAGCAUAUCAUUAUCGUCCAGGCUCAUACUUAUCACCGGCAUCCAGUCUGUGGUUGUCUAUAUCCAGAGCGAAAGGAGGGAAUCGAAUUGCUCCCUGGUCUAAAGUUGGACACUACAAAGCACCGAGAAUCGCAUGGGAUCAAUUGCUGCUAUCUCAAUUGCCCUAGAUCUCUACUGACCGGGUCCCCCCUCAUCUUUAUCCUUCCAUCCUUGUUCCAUUUCGGCUGUCUUUUCUUACAAUAUAAUACUAUCCAGAUCUAGCAGACAUGGCUUUCUUAUUCAACCGUGGCCGACGUCAGCCACUGGAAGUAGUGCGGUCCAUCAAGGACUUGCUGGAAAAGCUGCGCGAAACCCCCAACACUCCGAAGAUUGAAGAGGAGCUGGCGAGGCAGUUGUCCCAGAUGAAGCUGAUGAUUCAAGGCACUCAAGAGAUCGAUACAUCCCCCGAGCAGGUACAGGGAUUAGUCGGGGCAAUGGUUCACGAAGAUUUACUCCACGAGCUAGCUCAUAACAUCUACAUGCUUCCUUUCGAAGCUCGAAAAGAUACUCAGACAAUAUUCUCCCACGUCCUCCGCUUCAGACCGGCGCAUGCCGCACACGGCGACCCUCCUGUUAUUUCAUAUAUCGUUCACCAUCGACCAGAGAUUAUAGUGGAGCUUUGCCGCGGAUACAACUACAGCCAGAGUGCAAUGCCAUGUGGUACCAUCUUACGUGAGGCGCUCAAGUUCGACGUGAUUGCUGCGAUUAUUCUUUACGACCAGUCGACAGUUGAUGAGCCCGCGAUCCGACUCACAAACGUGCGACCAGGUAACCCUCAAAAUGGAAAUGGUGUGUUCUGGCAAUUCUUCGGGUGGAUCGACCGGGGAAGCUUUGAAGUCAGCGCAGACGCGUUCACGACAUUCAGGGAGACUUUGACUCGACACAAGUCGGUGGUGACCGGAUACCUGGCGGCCAACUUCGAUCUAUUCUUUUCGAAAUUCAACAAUAUCCUCAUGCAGUCCGAGUCAUAUGUGACCAAGCGACAGAGCAUCAAGCUCCUUGGGGAGCUUUUACUAGACCGCGCCAACUACAAUGUGAUGAUGGCAUAUGUCGAGAGCGGGGAGAACCUCAAAUUGUGCAUGAAACUGUUGCGCGACGACCGAAAGAUGGUUCAAUACGAAGGAUUCCAUGUAUUCAAGGUCUUUGUCGCAAAUCCGAACAAAUCGGUGGCCGUGCAGCGGAUUCUGAUCAACAACCGGGAUCGCCUGUUGAAAUUCCUCCCCAGAUUCCUUGAAGAUCGUACCGAUGACGACCAAUUCACCGACGAGAAGAGCUUCUUGGUGCGCCAGAUCGAGCUGUUGCCCAAGGAGCCCAUCGAACCGACCCAAUCGGCCUAUGACGGCGUACGAACCACGACUGCCGUGGCCUAAACUUCCCUAUUUCUAUUCGAGCCAUUUUCUUCUCUUUCUUCUAUAUUUUCCUUGGUACAGCGGGUUGGUUAAACUGUGCCUUUUUCUUGCAUUGCAGGCGUGCUGGCAUACGACUACGGAGUUAUAAACAGGAAUGUGUGUGUGUGUGUGUGUGUGUGUGUGUGUAAAUUGGAGGGACUUACUGUGGAUAUGGACCAGACAAAUAAGUCUGAAAAAGAAAAAACUCUUCAACGGCCAACUGAAUAGACGCUAGUCUUCAUUGAAAAUCAAGGCAUUUUGUUCCUGGCAGUACACCAGGGGUAAAUCUCCGUGACGGGCCAUCAACGCUCAACGGAAAGACUCCAUUUUAUGGUUCAGUAGCAGGUUUUUAUUCUCCCGCCGGUCUGGGCCCGGGGAAAUUCUGGUUCUGGUGGAUUUCAUCAUAAUAAAACGUGCUAAUAAAAUGCAUUGUGGACAGCCCUGUUAAUAUUAUUGCCAUUGUUAUUGCC